AUGCCCGCGCCUCUUCACCCUCACCCGCAACCGAAGCAUACGGCUUCCUUUGCUUCUAGUUCUGCUAACAAUGGCCCAUCGAGAGUGCAGGUCUCACAUGAAGAUGAGGACGCCAUUGCGGAUAUUCAUCAGACCUUGACAGAGAAGAGUCUUUCACAUCCACAGUACCCAGAACCGCAUUCCUCCUUCGACAAGUUCCUCGAGGAACAAGUUCAGGGCAGGAAACGUUCCAACCUUGGUGUUUGCUUCCAGUCUCUCUCAACGUGGGGCGAGGGAGAUAGCCAUGUCGAUAUCAAGACGCUCGGUACCGCACUCUGGCGGACUUUGACGAUGCAAGAUAUCUACGAGUGGACUCUGCAGCCGUGGAUCACGAAGAAGAAUCCCGUCGAUGGAAGACAACUAAUCCGUGAUUUUUCCGGUGUGGUCGAAAGUGGCGAAAUCAUGCUGCAAGUCUCCAACCAUCUGAUAACGUACAGUGUCCUCGGACGACCCGGUGCAGGCUGUUCGACAUUUCUUCGCACCAUCGCCGGCCACCACUCCUCCUUCCUGGGUGUGACCGGUUCAAUCGACUACUCCGGUCUCAGUCCGGAAGAGGUCCGAAAGCACUACCGCGGUGCGGUAGCAUACGUCCCCGAAGACGAUGUGCAUUUCCCAACGCUGACAGUGCGUCAGACUCUCGAGUUCGCCUUGCAGAGUAAAACACCGAAGCGGUACCGAGACCGCAUCCCCCGGUAUCUCGAGAUCUACGGCCGCGUCUUUGGAAUGACGCAUACCAUGAACACGUUGGUGGGCAAUGAGUAUAUCCGCGGUGUGUCUGGUGGAGAGCGCAAGCGGAUCUCCAUUAUUGAAUCGCUGGCAAGCGAUUCCUCGGUGGCAUGCUGGGAUAACUCGACUCGAGGAUUGGAUGCGUCUUCUGCGCUGGAUUAUGCCCGCAGUUUGCGCAUCAUGACCGAUACCUGUGGAAAGGCGACCUUGCUCACUCUCUACCAAGCGUCUGAUGCUAUCUACGAGCUGGUCGACAAGGUGCUUCUCAUUGAUGAAGGGCGCAUGCUUUACCAGGGUCCGGCCAAUGAGGCAAAGCGCUAUUUCGAAGAUCUUGGCUAUGAAUGCGCGGAUAUGCAGACGACCUCGGACUUUUUGACUAGCAUUACUCUCCCGGAGCGUCGACGCUUCCGUUCUGGGUGGGAAGAUCGUGCCCCGAAAGGUCCGAUCGAGCUCGAGGCUACGUUCCGUCAGAGUACUGCAUUCGCCAAGAUCGAGACUGCAGUGACAAGCUAUGAAGAUCAGAAGUGUGGUAGAGCCUCUGGUGCAUCGGACUCGGAGUGUGGUAGUAUCGAAGAAUUCAAGAAGAAUGUACAGAGUGACAAGUCACGCUUUGUUUCUUCCAAUUCGCCGUAUACCAUUUCCUUGUUCCGGCAAGUUGUGCUUUGUGCGAAACGGCAGAUGUGGCAGUUGAAAGGACAUCUCAGUCCGCUAUACAUCAAGUUGAUCUCGUGUGUCGUCUACGGGUUGUUAAUUGGGUCCAUGUUCUACAACUUGCCUCAAACAACCGAGGGUAUGUAUGCCCGAGGAGGUGUGCUAUUCUAUUCAUCUAUCUUGCUCGCCUGGUUGCAGAUGUCGGAACUGGAGGAAGCUAUGCAAGGUCGAGAUAUUCUCAGCCGACAGAAGAAACUCGCUUUUGUUCGACCCAGUGCUGUCUGUUUAGCUCGAGUUCUUUCCGAUAUGGUUAUUUCUGCUCUUCUCACCUUCUUGUACCUGAUUGUGAUGUACUUUUUGGCCGGUCUUCAAUCAAACGCCGGUGCAUUUUUCAUCGAUUUCCUCCUCAUCUACAUGUGCACGAUCUGUCUUACUGCGCAAUUCCGCGUUUUCGCCGCAUUGUCCCAGAACUUCGAAGUCGCUCUUCGCUACUGCGGCGUCUCUGUGUUGUUCUGCAUCGUUUUCGGUGGCUAUGUUCUGUCAGUCGAUAAAAUGAUUCAAGACGUACCCUGGGUCGGAUGGAUCGCGUAUACGACUCCCGCUCUAUACACCUACGAGGCUGUUAUGGCUGCUGAAUUCCACAAUAUCAAUUUCACCUGUGCCACUGGGUCUAUUGUUCCAGCAGGUUCUGAAUAUACUAAUCUUGCGUAUCAGACUUGUGCAUAUGCUGGCAGUCAGAUUGGCAGUACUGUCGUCAAUGGUGAUGACUACCUAGCUGUCAAGUAUGGAUUUUACUACAGCAAUGUUUGGCGCAACUUUGGAAUUCUCUGUCUUUUCACCAUUGUUUUCAUUGGUCUCACUUGCUGGUUGAGUGAAGUUCUUGAAUGGGAAUUGGACAGUGCCGGACCGAUUCAAUACAAGGGGUCGCCGAAGCUGCUUAAGCGGAAGAACAGCACCCAGUCUGACGAAGAGAAGACUCCUGUCUCGGUCGAUCCCAGGGCGCCCCCUGCGGGUUAUGACAGCAAGCCUGAGCAGACCAUCACAGCCACAGAAUCUACCUUUACCUGGUCUGAUCUUGAGCUCAAUGUUCAAAUCGGGAAAGAAAGCCGGAAGUUACUGGAUGGUGUGAAUGGUUACUGCAAGCCAGGGACUUUGACUGCUCUCGUUGGUGCCUCGGGAGCAGGCAAGUCGACAUUGUUGACUGCACUCACCCAAAGAGAAAGCCCCGGGACCUUGUCUGGAUCAUUGUUCGUGGAUAACCACCCAAUCAACCAAUCGUUCAAUCGACAAAUCGGAUAUUGCCAACAAAUGGAUAUCCACGACGAAAGCAGUACUAUCCGCGAAGCAUUUGAAUUCUCUGCCCAUCUCCGUCAAAGUAGUGAAGUUGCAGAAGCAGAGAAGCUAUCUUAUGUGCAAACAGUGCUUCACACGUUGGACCUGGUCGAGUUGCAAGACGCUAUCAUUGGAUCACUGGACAUCGAAAAGAAGAAGCGCGUGACAAUUGGAGUAGAACUAUGCGCCAGACCCAAGCUGCUUCUAUUUCUAGAUGAGCCUACAAGUGGACUUGACAGUCAAGGCGCGACUAGUAUCGUUGCUCUUCUUCGACGUCUGGCAAACCAGGGAUUGGCGGUUCUUUGUACCAUCCACCAGGCUAACCAACAGCAAUUCGAAGAGUUCGAUCGUGUCCUUGCUUUGAGUCCCGGUGGCACCACAUACUACUUCGGACCAGUAGGCAAAUCUGGCCAUGCAAUCUUCGACUACUUCAAAAAGCACGGAAAUAUCCCAGAGAAAGUCACAAACGCAGCUGAUUUCCUCAUUGAGGUAGUCGUCGAUGGUAUGAAAUCUUCCGGAAACCAAGUAAGCUGGGCAUCUGUCUGGCGCGAGUCGGAAGAAUGCAAGGAAGUCAAGAAUAUGAUUGCCUCCAUUCGAUCCGACAAAACUCGUGCACCAUCUUCAGCACCAUGCCCCCCAUCUCUCGGCCGCCAAAUCAAACUCCUUACCCAACGAACGUGCCGCCAAUUCUGGAGAACGGCUGAAUAUCCCUACUCUCGUCUCUACGCCUCUUUCCUGCAUGCCCUUAUCAACGGUCUUACAUAUCUUCAGAUUGGGAAUAGUGCGACAGAUCUGCAGUCAAAGGCUUUCUCCUGCUUCUUGGUUCUGAUGCUGGUUCCUGAGUUUAUUAAUGCCAUUUCCAUGCGGUUUAUUCUCAACCGGGAUAUUUGGCUAGCAAGGGAAGGCCCCAGUGGUGUAUACAGCUGGGUUGCUUUCUCUACCGCGCAGAUCGUUGCUGAAAUCCCCUACGCCAUCAUCGGCGGAGUGGUUUUCUUCGUUUUGUAUUAUUUCAUGGUUGGAUUGCCGCUUGGAUUCGCUGCGGGAUAUAGCUUCCUCAUGUUCUUCCUCUUUUUCUUAUUCGCUACCUCUUGGGGACAGUGGAUUGCUGCUAUGAGUUCUGACUCCUUGGUUGCUGCGACACUCAUGCCAUUCUUCAUUAUCAUGGGCGAGCUCUUCAAUGGUAUUCUCAGACCACAUGAGCAGAUGCCUGCCUUUUGGAAAUAUACCAUGUACUACGUCACGCCGUUCACCUACUGGGUUGGAGGUGUUCUCACAUCUGUCCUGCGCGGCACCGAAGUUGUCUGUACUCAAAGCGAGUUGACCUUCUUUGAGAGUCCACCGAAUAGGACAUGCGGUGACUAUGCAGGCUCUUGGCUUGAUACUAAGGGCGUUGGGUACUUGUCCAACCCCGAUGAUUUUGGACGAUGCGGGUAUUGUGAAUAUAGUUAUGGUGACGAUUAUCUCUCUGGCAUUGGUCUUGACUCUUCCAAGAUCUGGCCGUACUUUGGCAUUUUCCUUGGUUUCACGGUGGCAAAUUACUUGAUGGUGUAUGCGCUGGUCUACAUACGCUCGGUAAUGAAGCCUUUCUGGCGAUCAAAGUAA